AUGCCCAUUUAUAAUUUAGUGAUAGCCAAGGCCAUCACGUGGCGUGAUAGAGAAAAGCUGAAGUACAUAGACGGGUACCGAAACCAACAAAGAUGCGUAAGGCUGUAUUCAGAAGAGCACAACAUCAAGAAGGCCACGUUCCUGUCUUGGUUGCGCAAGGAGGAGACAAUUCGCCACAAUUUUGACCACAGCAAAAAAAGGGGCCAAGAGCGCAAGGUCAAGGACCGCGAUGUCGGGUAUUGGCCUGAGAUGGAAGUUGAGAUGUCGGAGUGGUUUCGUGAUAAAAGACAAAUUGGUAUGCCAGUCAGUAUCGAAGAUCUAAAGGAGAGGGCGAUGAUCGAGUUUCAACAGUGGUGGGACCAGCUUCCUGAAGAAACCCAAGCCGACAUUACAAAACAUUUCCCUGCGGAAAGUGACGAAAGAUACCAGGGGCCAUAUUUACAAAGCCCUCGCAACUUUUCGACCACGCUAAUCUUUUGUCUGACAGUCAGUGAACAAUAGGGUGUAUGCAGGUGAAAAAUAGAUUUGCGUGGUCGCAGAGAUGCGAGGGCUUUGUAAAUACGGCCCCAGGACGAUACCUAGGACGCUGAGAAUCUCAUUGCCGAGUUCCGUGCCAACUUUUUUCAAACAGUUGGAGAGAUGGCAUUCCGCAUCAUCGGCAACAUGGACGAAACGUUCAUGCAGAUGGACAGUAUACACAACAGGACGUAUGAACAAACAGGUUCUCCACAGAUCAACAUCAAGAGCAGUCGGGGAAGCAGGUGGACUAGUGCAGUUCAUUCCACCUGGCUGUACGGCAUUUGUGCAGCCGUUAGACUGCACCGUUAUGCGCGCAUUCAAAGCCAGGGCACGCAAU